CGCAAAAAAGUGGCAAUGAUUGGUACACUGCUAGCAUUCUUUUCGUUGUUCUCGUACGCAAUGGCAGCAAAUAAGGAGCGCACUUUUAUCAUGGUUAAGCCUGAUGGCGUCCAACGUGGACUUGUUGGCAAAAUCAUCGAACGAUUUGAACAAAAAGGCUUCAAAUUGGUAGCCAUGAAAUUUAUGUGGGCUUCCAAAGAUUUGUUGGAGAAGCACUAUGCUGAUUUGUCGGCUCGCCCCUUCUUCCCCGGUUUGGUCAACUAUAUGAGCUCUGGCCCUGUGGUUCCCAUGGUGUGGGAGGGUUUAAAUGUUGUUAAAACCGGUCGCCAAAUGCUCGGUGCCACCAAUCCAGCUGAUUCAUUGCCAGGAACAAUUCGCGGAGAUUUCUGCAUUCAGGUUGGCCGCAACAUUAUUCACGGUUCUGACGCUGUUGAAUCUGCUGAAAAAGAAAUUGCCUUAUGGUUCAACGAAAAGGAACUCGUAACAUGGAAGCCAGCUGCUGUAGAUUGGGUCUAUGAAUAAAUAAUUUUAAUAUACAUGUGUAAAAUUCCUAUUACGAUAUUAAACAGAAGAAUAUUCCAUAUAUGUAAUUCUAAA